GGAAGAUCGGAACCAGCGAAGCGAGAGAGUGGCAGCAGAAAUGCCGUUCCGCGCAGCCACUCUCCCUCCCCUAUAAAUUAAACUGGUACCUGCCCUGUCCGGCCAUUCCAACGCACCAAGCAAAGUAGUAGCAAACAUCACCUGAGAAUCGGCACGCACAGCAAGAAGAGAGCUAGCCAUGGGCUUCUCCUGCGUGUCAUCGCUCGCUGCCAAGGUGUUCCCCAAGAAGCCGCCCUCUUCUUCCAUGAACGAGCCUGAUGAUGGUAUCGUCAAGAAGCAACAAGAGAAGCAGCAGCACCAGGAGAAGCAAGGUGUGAAGAAAGACGAGGGGAAGAAGAAGAAGAAGAAGAGCAACCUUGAUCGGGCUGCCUCGACGACGCCCUACUUCCCCUUCCAUUCUAGGCCCGGACUCCUGUAGGCUGCUCCUACCUUCCAAUCGAGUAGGGACUCCAUGUAUUAUUGAUCUCAUUGGAUGUUAUGUAAUGAUCUGAGAGAGUAUAUAUAUAUAUAUAUCCUCUCGUGAUUAAGGCUAGUGACAGCUUGUUUACUUAAAAAUAUACAGCGUCCACCGAAACAUAACCGGUACAGGUCGUACGGAAGAGCGGCCACGGUGACAAACUUGAUUUCGAAAUGAUUUCGUGCAACCGAUGAAAUACAUCAUCUGUCGCGGCCCAAACUUUGCUGCAAAAAUUA